CAUAGCUUCGGACCAGCCAGAGGCUGCCCUGGCCUCUGGGGGUGACUCAGUCCAGGGAAGACCUCAGAGCAGGCCACAGAGAUAAUCAUGUGAUUGUACGUUAACUAAUCACAGAGGAUCUCUACUCUGCCGGGAUGAGAAGUGAGGAGAGGGCAACGGCUCUCGGACGGCACAGCAUUAGCCUCCCAUCAACAGAAAACAGAGCUUCUGUCUCUGGCCAUCCAACCCAGAAUUGUACUUCGUUGGGCCUCCCCGAGCCUGUCACAUGGCCUGCUGUCUUUGGAAUUCCCUAGGCGGCAGGGUCUGGGGGCACAGUCCCAGGGAGGAGGAAGAGCCUCCCAGACUGACUAUGGAAAGGGCAGUCCCCGCAGGACUGCUGGGAAGAGAGAGAAGGGAAGGUGGAGCAGGUAAAAAAGCAGCCAGGUUCCCCUACAGAGUGACCUUGAAACCAAAGUCUUGCUCGAGGGUCAUCCCAGUCUGGCUUAUACUCAGCGAACCAAACCAAGUGGACGAGCUCACGGAGCGGUCCUGGCUGCCACCCAAGAUUCCCCCCCAUGCUCUCAGGGAUGCCUCUUCACCCUGGCUCCUUGGCCCGCUGCGUUCCCCCCGUCUCCAGUUCGUGGGGGCUUCUCUGAGUCCCCGCCCCCACGUCCAAGCCCCCAUGGCAGGCGCAGCAGCAGGGAGCCGGGGGCGGCCACAGCGGGUGAACAUGCAGGAGCACAUGGCCAUCGACGUGAGCCCCGGCCCCAUCCGGCCCAUCCACCUCAUUUCCGACUAUUUCCCACACUUCUACCCCUUCGCUAAGCACACUCUAAGCGCCCCAGACCCACACCCUGCAGUGAUCCCUGCCAUUCGCUCUGCACCCCGGCAGCGGGCCGAUCCAGAGCCAGAGGGAGAUUCAGAUGACAGCACUGCCCUGGGCACCCUCGAGUUCACGCUUCUUUUUGAUGCGGACAACAGCGCCCUGCACUGCACGGCUCACCGGGCCAAGGGUCUCAAGCCACCAGCCUCAGGCUCUGUGGACACCUAUGUCAAAGCCAAUCUGCUGCCAGGAGCCAGCAAGGCCAGCCAGCUGCGGACUCGCACAGUUCGGGGCACAAGGGGGCCUGUCUGGGAGGAGACGCUCACCUAUCACGGCUUCACCCGCCAGGAUGCUGGGCGAAAGACACUGCGGCUGUGUGUGUGUGAGGACCCGCGGCUGCGGCGACGGCGGGGGGCGCCUCCCCUGGGGGAGCUGCGGGUGCCCCUGAGGAAGCUGGUGCCCAACCGAGCCAGGAGCUUCGAUGUGUGUCUGGAGAAGCGGAAGCUGACCAAGAGGCCCAAGAGUCUGGACACCGCCCGUGGCAUGUCCCUGUAUGAGGAGGAGGAGACGGAGGCAGCAGGGGACGAACGCGGGCGCAUCCUGCUGUCACUGUGCUACAGCUCCCGGCAGGGCGGCUUGCUGGUGGGUGUCCUGCGCUGUGCCCACCUGGCCCCCAUGGAUGCCAAUGGCUAUUCGGACCCCUUCGUCCGCCUUUUCCUGCAUCCGACCGUGGGGAAGAGACGUAAAUACAAGACCAGUGUUCGGAAAAAGACCCUGAACCCCGAGUUCAAUGAGGAAUUCUUUUAUGCAGGCCCAAGGGAGGAGCUGGCCCAGAAGACACUGCUAGUGUCUGUAUGGGACUAUGACCUGGGCACAGCUGACGACUUCAUUGGCGGGGUGCAGCUGAGUAGCCACGCCAGCGGGGAACGCCAGCGGCACUGGUGCGAGUGCCUGGGCCGCAGUGACUGCCGACUGGAGCUGUGGCACCCGCUGGACGGUGCGCCCCCCCAGCUCAGCGACUAGAAGGGGUACCCGGCCCGGCCCCGCUCACCACCCUCCCCCAAACUGACCCACAGAGCCGGGAGGACCUGGAGCUGCCUCACCCACCAUGCCCAGCCCCACGUCAAACUGUUUGUUCCCUUACCCCCGCGUCCAAGUUCACCCCUCUGCCAACCAUGAAGAAUAAACUUCCAAACCAGGCCAGA